AUGACAGAUUGUGCUAGCCUAGAAGCGGAUGAAGCUCAGAGAAGAUUCGUGUCUAUUUUAAAAGAAUACCCUAUUAUGUUGAACGUAUCUAUGCUUCCGGAAAUACGAAAAAAGAGGACCGCCACGUUGACGGAAAUCACAAAACGUGUUGAACUUGAAAUGAACGUUCCGAUCACCGAGUGUCAAAUAGCGAAGAAGAUUCAGAACCUGAAGAGUAGGAUCAAGAAGAGAAAUGAACUCAUGAAGGCUGGGAAGAAAACGUUUUAUCUUAAAGACUGGCAAAAAGACUUCUCAGAUUUUAUGGAAGAAGAAUCUAAGUUGGCAGCGCUGAGGGGAAACAACUUCUGGGUUGAGCAAGGUGCUGUAUCAGCAGAACUUCUGCGAAAUGAUUCUGAAGGUGGAGAAUUUCUUACUUUAAAUGCAGAAAACUCUGAAGUGGAUGUAAACAGCUAUUCAGAUGAAGAUGAAAUGUUCAAACCUCUUCCCCAAGAAAUAUUGAUGAAUCAUUCUGCUGGAGAAUCAACAUCUCACACAGAAAAGAGACACAGACUUCCGGAAACCGAAGAAACAAAAAGGUUGUCAACUGCGGAAUUGAAAAGGCUUGUCUUACUAGAACAAUUAAACUUCUACAGAGAUGCAAAUAAAUUAGUUCAGUUUAAACUAGAUGAGCAGUGUAAAAAGAGAAAUAUCAGGGUGGUGCCGUCAGCGAAGAGGAGGGUGGAGCCAUUUAGCCUCAAGUCAUUCACCGCCACACUAAAAAGGAGAGGGCCGAGCACCGAGCCCUGUGGCACUCCAUGUGAGAUACUCCUGAUGCAGAAGAAGGCCCCAUUUAUUGAGACUACUUGUCUGCGAUUAGCCAGAUAA